AUGUCGGUGCCUCUCCUCGAGGAAGAAUCUCGGUGGCUCUCAGCGACGGCGAAUCUCAGUGGCUUGACGGAGAAAAUCUCGAUUGAAGUUCCAUUGAAGAGGGAAUCAUUAAUUCUCUGGAGAGACAGUCGAUCUUCUCUUGAAACUCAAGAUAUGGAUUUUAAUCCAUAUAGGAGUGGGUCUAACUUUGUUGAUCUUCUUCAAAGUCAACAAAGUGUAUUUGGUUCAUCAGAAGUUCCUAUUUUUGGAACUCAACAGACGAAGGAUAGCAACCUCGGUCCAGAGAGUGUUGUAGAGCACCGAGAAAGGAGGAAAUGGACGCCCUCUGAUGAUGUUUUGCUCAUCAGCUCAUGGCUGAACACGAGCAAAGAUGCAGUCGUGGGUAAUGAGCAGAGAUCAGGCGCCUUCUGGUCUCGAAUUGCAAGCUACUUCGCGAAGAUCAACGACCUCGUGUGCAAGUUCUGUGGCUCCUACGAGGCUGCAAUCAGGGAGAAGACCAGCGGGCAAAAUAAGACUGAUGUUCUCAAAAAAGCGCAUGAGAUUUUCUACAACAACUAUAAAAAGAAGUUCACCCUAGAGUAUGUGUGGAUGGAGCUGCGCAAUGACAAGAAGUGGUGUGACGUUUCAAGCUCUAGACACGGUGGAAGCUCUAAAAAGAGGAAGUUGGACGACAGAUAUCAAUCAUCAGCUUCACACGCAACCGAAAGCAAGGCUUCUGCAGCUGAUGACUGCACCAACCGUCCCUCGGGUGUAAAGGCUUCUAAGGCACGGGGUAAGAAGACGGUUGAUGGGAAGGCAGCUGAUUUUCAGUCAAUGUGGUCCAUCAAACAGCAGGAUCUUCUUGCAAAGAAAGAGCUUUACAAGAUGUCUCUGCUUGACAAUCUUCUUGCAAAGAGAGAGCCACUGUCUGAGAGUGAAGAAGCUCUAAAGAGGAAGCUGAUUGAGGACGUGUUGUCUGUUUAG